AUGGUAACAAAUUUAAAUAGACGAUACUUAUAAGGGCGCGAGUUAGAAAGGACUUUCCGGUUUGCAUGAGUAACUAUGCUGACAGACUGAUUGGUGUGCGAAGAAAUAUUACAGCCGUGCUGCAGUUAUAGUGGCUAGGAAUCUAUCUUUUUCCGCUUCAAUGGGCGGGAAACAGCUGUGUUCUAGAUGUUUACCAUGGCUGGUUUGAACAAAAAAAAAGUGAUUGUAAAUGUUGAUGAUAGUGCAUCGUAUUGAAAUCGACAGCCGUAUGUUGAGUGAUACAAUAGCUUCCAACCUGGUUGCAGAACGAAUUUCAUUGAAAUGUGUUUAUUAUUCGGAAAUAAGAGAGUGUACAACGUUUUCAAUACAAGAGUUGUGGCCAAAAUUCACUACAUUGGACGGCACACAGAUGCGUUAAGGCGCAUAAUACGGUCGGACGGGUGCCGCCGCGUGCGAGUUUAUCUGAAGUGGUUAACUGAAUCGACUAAACGCUGCUGUAUGCUCGUGGCAAGUGUGGAGUGCUACGUGAAGGGUACCACCGACCAGGAUUUCAAAAGCCACGGAAUGUUGCAAACUCGGAGAAGCAGACGGACGAACAGUGAGGAAGUAAUGAACAGGACCACAUUAAGAUCAGUGUUAUUAGCACUUUUGUUUUGCUUUCAUGUGGUGCCGCUCGCAAUAUCAUCAGAAGUUACAGCCCCGCUGACAGACCCAAAGUUCAGUGCUCCGAUAAUAAACGUAACGGCUGCUGUUGGGCGGGAAGCAACGCUAACGUGUGUGGUUCAUGAUCUAGGUGCAUAUAAGGUAGCGUGGCUGCGAGUAGAUACACAAACAAUUUUGACAAUUCAGAAUCACGUCAUCACCAAGAACAAGCGGAUUGGAAUCACAUACACCGAAAAGAAGACGUGGCAGCUGCGGAUACGAGACAUUCGCGAGAGUGAUAAAGGCUGGUACAUGUGUCAAAUCAACACCGAUCCGAUGAAGAGCCAAAUGGGAUAUUUGGAUGUUGUAGUUCCUCCCGAUAUCUUGGAUUAUCCCACCAGUACCGACAUGGUUGUGCGAGAAGGAAGCAACGUGACAUUGCGAUGCGCGGCUACUGGUUCGCCGGAGCCUAUGAUUUUAUGGCGACGAGAGAAUGGCGAAAACAUAUCAUUACAGGAUGGGCAAAACGUACAAUCUAUCGAGGGUCCAACGUUGAGCAUACCAAAGGUCAAUCGGUUGCACAUGGGAGCGUACCUCUGCAUAGCUUCGAAUGGAGUGCCGCCGUCUGUCAGUAAACGAGUUAUGCUGAUUGUGCACUUUGCUCCGAUGAUAUCGGUUCCAAAUCAGCUCGUUGGUGCAGUAGAAGGACAGCGGAUGACCCUUGAGUGUCAUUCCGAAGCGUAUCCUAAGUCCAUCAACUACUGGACGCGCGAAAAAGGAGACAUUGUUCCACAAGGCGGCAAAUACGAGCCGGUGCUGAUAGACAACGCAUACAAAGUGGUGAUGAAACUGAGCAUCAAGGUUGUGAGCCAGGCCGACUUCGGAUCGUACAGGUGUAUCGCCAAAAAUUCCCUCGGGGAAACCGAUGGUGCCAUCAAACUCUACAAGCUUCCUAAAAGUGCAAUCAGCUCGGUGGAACUGUACGAAGGCCGUAGGAAAAAUAAAUCUCGUAAGGGCCACACAUAUUACGAAACCAACGACGUUAUAGAGGAUGGCACGGAGAGUACGAGUAAACGGAAAGAUCUGAUUGUCGGGGGAAUGAAUGAUGAAAGCUAUGGAAUAUCAAACUCGGUCGCGUCCCGUCUGCGGUUGCCCUCUCUGUUCAAAACAAUGUUCUUCGUGCCGUUUAUGCUGUUUUGCGCCGCUUUGCUGCCGACAGUAUGACGCUCGUAAUGAAUAGGCUGCAUUCGAGGCCAGGAAUAGGGUCACUUGCCCAUAAGUAGUUGUUUCUUGUAAUCGAGAAUGUUGAAUGAAAGAGAAUGCCUGUACGUUUAGCUAAAUUAUAUACAAUAGACAUAAUACAAGCAAAACCUGUUGUGUACAUUCACACAAAACUGCAAGUGGGUAAGUUCACUUGGGAAACAAAAGCAAAAAUGAAACAUAUCGUUAGGUAAAGUUAUAACACAAAAUUUAGGAUAUCAUUAUUCCAUAUGCUGAUGUUUUAUUAUACCAUGGAAUUGAUAAGAAGGCAGAUAUAUGAAGAAGCAAAUUUAUCAUGCUAUCAAAGACUUAUGGAGGCUAUAAUACUCGUAACUGUUAAGGCUUAGAUCAAGUACGGCAGGGAGAUAUUAUCCCGUACACCGCAAAAAGAUGAACGGCUUGUCAAUGUACAUGUAAUUAAUAUCCCAACAAGAUGAUAAAAUGAGAACUGCAAAAAACAAUAAA